AUGGCAACUAAUGCGCAUCAUCAGCCAGAUAACCGAGAAUGGAUACAGGAUCGCAAAUUUGAGCCCAGCUCACGCUAUCGACAUGGCAUAGACCUAGACUUGAUCCAGGUCACCAACAAUGAUAAGGACUGGAUAUACGUGGCAUGCGAAAGCGCUCUGCCUUGCAGUGACUGCGAUUGCAUUACACCUUAUAUCGACGGUAUAUUCAUCGCAGUUAACGGUGCCUGCAGGGGUAAUGGCCUGGCAAAUGCCAGAGCUGCUAUUGGGGUAUUCUUUGGGCGAGGGUCUAUAUACAACCAGAGCGUCCUGUUGAACCAGUCGCAUGUAAUGAACCAGAUUGCAGAAUUGAAGGCUAGCAUCUUUGCACUUAAGCAAGCAAAAGACAUUAUAUAA